UAGUUCCUUUCUCGGUGACUUCCUCGCUUUCUUUCUGUCCUCUCAGCAAGUCUCUGAAGUAACCACCCUUCAAAUUAUAGUUCCUCAUCAGUCGUGAUGAUUCUUCUACUCACACUGAAGCUGGUUAAUCGUUCGUCAGUUACCUAUACUCGUGAUAACCUUAUGAAUUCGUAUUCUUUUGCUUCUUCGAAUCGUCUGAUUCAAGGGAAAUUAUUCAGGAAAUCACCUUUAUAAUACUUGGAUUUUUCCACCGUUUUUUUUAGUUUAUCAUGAAGAGGUGACGACCAUCAAACUAAAAUUUUUCAACGUAGCGUCCAACCGUCAAGAUGUAAAUGAAUUUAAGAAGAAAGUUAAAUUGGCUCCCAUCAAUAUCAGGGAUGGAGACAAACUUCGUCUGGGAUGAAUCGUAAACAACUUGGGAUAAGUACGGCUUGUGUCCUGUUCACUAGCGAUGGCGUGGUCAAUCAAGUUUGAAGGAUGAGUGACGAGUGCUGCUCCGCUCAAUUGAUUGAUGGCAAUGGUGUGUUUAACGUUUCUGGGCUCGAACAUUUCGUGAAAGCUGUUAAAUUGGCCGAAUGCGGGAUUUCUUAUGCUGUGGUUUCCAUUAUGGGCCCUCAAAGCAGCGGGAAGAGCACACUGUUGAACCAUCUUUUCCACACAAACUUCAGGGAGAUGGAUGCCUUCAAAGGAAGGUGGGUCUUCUUCAUCUUUCUUUGUCAAAAUACUGGAAUCAAACUACCAAGGGCAUAUGGUUAGCUAAAUGUGUGGGAAUUGAGCCUACAACACUUGUGAUGGAUUUGGAGGGUACUGAUGGAAGAGAAAGAGGAGAGGAUGACACUACAUUUGAGAAGCAGAGUGCUCUUUUUGCUUUGGCGGUCUCUGAUAUACUGUUGAUUAAUAUGUGGUGUCAUGAUAUUGGUAGGGAGCAUGCUGCAAAUAAGCCUCUUCUAAAGACAGUAUUUCAGGUUAUGAUGCGUCUGUUCACUCCUCGUAAGACUACAUUACUGUUUGCUAUUAGAGAUAAAACAAAGACACCAUUGGAACGUUUGGAAUCUAUUCUAAGGGAAGACAUUCAUAAGAUAUGGGAUGCUGUUCCAAGGCCACAAGCACAUAAGGGAACUCCACUCAGUGAAUUCUUUAGGGUAGAAGUUACAGCGUUGUCUAGUUAUGAGGAGAAAGAAGAUCAAUUCAAGGAGCAGGUUGCAAACUUGAGGCAGCGAUUUUACCAUUCUAUUGCCCCCGGUGGACUUGCAGGUGAUCGACAGGCUGUCAUUCCAUCUUCAGCAUUUUCAUUCAGUGUACAGCAGAUAUGGAAAAUUAUACAGGAAAACAAGGACCUGGAUCUUCCAGCACAUAAGGUUAUGGUCGCUACAGUUCGGUGUGAGGAGAUUGCAAAUGAGAAACUUCAUCAAUUCACUGAUGAUAAGUGCUGGUUAGAGAUUGAUGAAGCUCUUCAGUCUGGUCCAGUAUCUGGCUUUGGAAAGAAGAUUAGCUCCUUGAUAGAAUCUUACCUGCAGGAGUAUGAUGCAGAAGCUAUAUAUUUUGAUGAAGGUGUAAGAUUGGAGAAACGUGGACAAUUAGAAUGUGGAGCAUUGCAUCUUGUUCAUCCUGCCUAUCAAGCCAUGUUGGGACAUCUUCGUUCCAAAGCUGUAGAUAGAUUCAAGGAUAUGCUUGACCAAUCACUAAAAAGCGGAGAAGGUUUUGCAACAGCUGUUCAUGGUUGCACCCACACUGUUCUUCUUGAGUUUGAUCAUGGAUGCACAGAUGCAGCGAUUAGACAAGCUAGCUGGGAUCCUUCCAAAUUCCGUCAGAAGCUUCAACGUGAUAUUGACACAUAUGUUGCUUCUCUAAGAACUGCCAAAGUGUCUGAAAUUAUAGCUCAUCAUGAGGAAAAGCUUGUGGAAGCUCUUGAUGAACCCAUUGACUCUCUUUUUGAUGCUGCUAACGAGAUGACGUGGGCAUCCAUAACAAACCUCCUUCAACGUGUGACAGAGUCUGCUGUAUGUGAUUUGUCUUCAGACCUUGCUGGUUUUGAACUAGACAGUGUAAUUUUUGACAAAAUAAAACAGAAUUUUUUUUAUAAUGGAAGAAAUAUAGUUGAAACGAAAACCAAAGAGGAAGCUGGAAGAGUUCUUGUUCGUAUGAAAGACAGGUUUGCAAUGGUAUUUAGCCAUGAUCAUGACUCAAUGCCAAGAGUUUGGACAGGAAAAGAAGAUAUUCGUUCAAUCACAAAGAAUGCUCGUGCUGCGGCACUGAAGCUGCUAGCGGUCUUGGCUGCCAUAAGGUUGGAUGGACAGCCAGAUAAAAUAGAGAAAACCCUCUUUUCUUCUCUAGUAGAUGCUGGUAGAGGGAAUCAGGACAGGAGGAUAGUUGCAGAUGGCGAUCCAUUGGCGUCAAGUACAUGGGAAGAGGUUCCUUCAAACAUGACACUGAUUACGCCUGUCCAAUGCAAAACUUUGUGGAGACAAUUCAACGCAGAAACAGAGUAUUUGGUUGUGCAGGCUGUAUCUGCCCAGGAGGCAUACAAGAGAAGCCACAACUGGUUACCACCUCCCUGGGCAAUUGUUGCCAUGGCUGUUCUAGGUUUCAAUGAAUUUAUGGCACUCUUACGGAACCCUCUUUACAUAGGAGUGUUCUUUAUAGUGGGCUUACUGCUUAAAGCUUUAUGGAUCCAGCUGGACAUACAAGAAGAGUUUCGCUAUGGAGUUUUAACUGGCAUCCUCUCCCUGGCAACCAGAUCGUUUCCUACCAUUACGAAUAUGUUGAAGCGGCUGGUUGAUUCUGGUCACAUGGAGAGACGUGGAAUUCGUACUCUGGGCGUAGAAACCUGACCUCGUGGAAGCAUAGAUUACCUAUCUUGGAUGAAGAUUCUGUUCCAUCCACUGUUGCUAUUCUCUGUACAUGUUACUGCCAAUUCAGUCAGCACUGUAAAAAAAGGUGUGGCUUUGAGCAGUUCUCAGAGUCUUCGGAGAAUGUAAAUGCAGACUGUACAAGUCUCAUGCUGUUAAUGACCCAUAUGAAUUGCAAUGGACUUCAAAUCACAUUGCUCA